AUGUCGGAUAUCACGACGGGAAUUGAAAACCUAAGUGUCUCUGAUGGUGGUGUCGUUGAACAAGCGGGUCAACCUACAUCCCGCGGUCGUCAUCGGCGGAGAGAUCUACAUGCUUUUGCUAGCUUGACUCCUAGUUACGCACAGACCCCCACAGAGGCCAACGGAAUGUUUGAUCCCAAUGCGGCAGCCUCAUCGGCAGGUAUAUCUCCGCCUACACGGGCAGAAGUUUCUAGGCAAUACACACAAAAUCAGUAUGUGCCCACAGAAUACCCACUGACUUCUUAUCAGACGGCGAUCCCUGGUAGUUCCCCUGUCAACGGGCCCCAUGUGCCUGGUGCAUCGACCAUAUCUGAGAUCCCCACACAGUUAUCUAAAAUGGCGGCCGCUGGAGUGCCUGCCGUAACUUCUACCCCUGCCUUGUCGGUUCCUCUCCUGCGUUACUCAUCCGAUGAAAACUUCAAAUCGGCACCCUUUCUCACUUUCGAAAAUGUCUCUCCGCCUCCUGCUGGAACCCAGUAUAACGUGGUGGACCAGGGAAAUGCUUCGCCGAAAUUCGUUCGGAUGUCUCUCUAUAGCGUCCCUGCCACAAAAGCCUUGCAGGAGUCUACCGGGCUUCCGCUAGGACUGUUGUUGCGGCCGUUCGCCCCAGUACCAGCACGGGAAAAAAUUCCCGAAGCCGAUUUCACCGCAGCCUUGGGUGUUCCCCGGUGUAGACGGUGCCGUGCAUACGUGAACCCUGCAAUGCAACAGACCGGCUACCAGAUGGUAUGCAAUCUCUGUGGAUUUACCAGUCCUGUUCCAAAUGAUUACACAUCCACUGUGGAUAGUGGUGGUGUGAGAUCUGAUUUCUACCAGCGGCCUGAGCUUCAUGCCGGCAUCUACGAUAUCCGCGUGCCCAAGGGAUACUGGUUGGAGGAGUCGCGGGCACCCGAGGCAUUGCACCACGUUUUCCUCGUGGAUUUGUCGCGCUCAUCGACCCAGUCGCAGAUGCUAAAUGCGGCCUGUACAGCCAUCCGAUUAGCUCUCUAUUCGGAAGACAGACAGCUUCCAAUGGGCAGUAAGGUGGCCCUCGUUGGCUUUGACAGCUCACUACGAUUUUUUAAUUUAUCUCCUUCUCACCAUCAGGCCAGUUUCUCAGUGAUGAGCGACCUCUUCGAUCCGUUUGCACCGUUUUCCGAUGAAGCAGGAAUGUUCGUCGACCCGGUACAAUCGCACGACGUGAUCGAGGCCACACUCAGCUCGUUAGAACAAGAGGACGCUGAUGCGAAAAUAGACGACGGUCCGGCUUUUGGAGCUGCAUUGAACGCCGCGGAUAUUCUAUUAGCUUCGCAUGGGGGUGGCCAGGUUACCGCAUUUCUUUCCACUGUACCAUCUUGUGGGCCGGGUGAGCUCCGGCCCAAAUUGCCAGGGGGCAACCCUGGCGCAGACUUUGCAAGUGCCGUGCUAACUGCAAAAAGCUCGUUUUAUCGGGACUUAGCAAAUCAAUAUCUCAAACAUCAUGUUGGUGUGAACGUGUUUGUCGGAUCUCCCUUGCCUAUUGACAUGAUAAACAUUGAGUACUUGACGUGCCGUACCGGAGGUGUUACGAAAUAUUUUCCCCGUUUCAAUAUUGACAGGGAUGAGCUGGAUCUGGCCCAGGCCGUUAAAGCUUCUGUGUGCGACGUGUCGGGCUACGAGGGUCAGCUUAAAAUCCGGUGCUCGUGGGGACUUCAAGUGUCGCGAAUCUACCACGCCAUGCAGGCGGUGGACACCGGGGGAGCUGCCCAGGGAGCAGCGGCCACUCCUGUUUUCCCUGUGGUUGGCCCGCAGACAUCUGUGGCAUGUGACUUUGUCUAUGACGGCAAUUUGAAUACGAAAAAGGAUGCACACUUUCAGGCAGCUAUGCUCUACACCGGCUCAGAUGGCAUACGCCGUGUCCGUGUGAUCAAUUGCAUAAUGUCGGUCACGGAAAGAGUGGCGGAUGUGUUUUCUUUUGCAGACCAGGACACCGUAUUAGCGUUGACAUUGCGUAGUUGUCUAGCCAAACUUCCGGACGUAUCUCUCAUCACCGUGAGAAACUUGUUAGCUACUCGGACGACGGAAAUUGUUUCGCGGUAUGCUGCUCUUGUUGCCAAGAACACGUCUCUACCAGGGCAGCUUGUUUUGCCCCAGGGACUCCGCACUCUUCCGAUGUUAGUGCUUGGUGCGUUGAAAAGCCGGGCACUCAUGUCCAGUACGGCUGCUCCAGAUUGCCGUGUCGAUAGCUUGGCCACUUUGAUGACAGCGCCGGCGGAUCAGUUGUCGUUGGCGAUUUAUCCAGUGAUGUACUGCUUACACAGGUUAGAGGAAGGUGAUGCCGAGUAUGAGACUACCGCGACGGCCACUCCUUCCAACGGGAAUUCUACCACGGAAGCCCCAACCGCGCAUUUUAAUCUCCCCCCAUGUGUUCCGCUUUCACAAUCUCAACUCGAAGCAGGCGGAGCUUAUCUCAUAUUUAAUGGCAAGCAGAUGGUAAUGUGGCUCCACAGUGAUGUCUCGUCAGAUUUUCUUCACGAUCUCUUUGGCCGAAACGUGGACUCCUUGGAGAUGCUAGACCCAAAUGUGGCGCAGUUGCCCCUACUCGACACGGGCCUCUCGCGACAAAUCCGCGGUUUGCGGGAUUUUAUUGCAAGGCAUUUUAUUGGCGUGGACGACCACUCCAUUCAAAUCUGCCGGUUCCGUACCGACACCAACGAGCGGGAAUUUCUCGAGCUUCUCUACGAAGACCGCAGUGCGGAAAUGGUAUGGUCGUACGCCGAGUUCUUGCGCUACCUUCAUAAAAAUAUAGACACCGAGCAGCAAGAACCCGCAAAGUCGGGUAAACGUUUUGGUUUGUUCUGA